AUGACGGGCUACAGCUAUGUCAUUUAUAUCUACAAGGUGUUAAAACAAUUAGAUCCCGAUAUUGGUAUUUCCUCGAAGGCAAUGAGUAUAAUGAAUAGUUUUGUUAAUGAUAUUUUCGAACGAAUUGCCGCUGAGGUGUCGCAUUUGGCUCACUAUAACAAACGUUCAACUAUCACCAGUCGCGAAAUUGAAACUGCUUAGCGUCUACUUUUGGGUGAAUUGGGCAAACAUGCCGUCAGUGAAGGUACUAAGGCUGUUACCAAAUACACUAGCUCCAAGUAA